UUAAAAACCUAGUACGCUAUGUAGCUUAUUCGUAUACAAAUACUCCUUCUUGACAAAGUUGCAGUUUGUACCAGCCAUUAACGACCUUGGACUUUUACCUCCAAUAAACUCAACCAUCUUUGCAAAAUCACUCACCUUCCCUCUACUCCCUUCUCCUCCAUAUAAAUCAUCGACCCACAUAUACAUACACCUCCACACGUGCACCAAUCAUUCACAGCUGCAUAUUCAACAAGAAUACCAGAGGGUCUCUGCUCGCCAUGGGUUGCUCUGCCUCCCUUCCAGAUAGGAGUUCUUCUGGGCGGUUGGUCGGGCCAAAUUCCGAAAACGGUGGCGCUUCUGAUGCCAAAAAUCUACGCGUGAAGCUAGUUUUGUUGGGUGAUUCUGGCGUUGGUAAAAGUUGUAUUGUUCUGCGUUUUGUUCGUGGUCAGUUUGAUCCCACAUCCAAGGUGACAGUAGGAGCUUCAUUCUUGUCACAGACGAUAGCUUUGCAAGAUUCUACAACAGUUAAAUUUGAAAUAUGGGACACUGCUGGCCAAGAGAGGUAUGCUGCAUUGGCCCCCCUUUACUAUCGCGGUGCUGCAGUUGCAGUGAUUGUAUAUGAUAUAACAAGUCCGGAAUCUUUCAACAAAGCGCAGUAUUGGGUCAAGGAGCUACAGAAACAUGGAAGCCCUGAUAUUGUCUUGGCCUUGGUCGGUAACAAAGCUGAUCUUCAUGAGAAACGUGAAGUUCCUGUUCAAGAUGGCAUUGAAUAUGCAGAAAAGAAUGGAAUGUUCUUUAUUGAGACCUCUGCAAAGACAGCAGAUAAUAUUAAUCAGCUGUUUGAGGAAAUUGCCAAGCGGCUACCCCGUCCAGCCAUUUCGUCAACGCAGAAUCCAUGAAACCCAAUUAAUUAAAGAACUUGUUCAUGUUAUGGAGACCUAGUUACGUUUUUUCAAUUCUCAAUUUGUGUAUAUUGUGAAAUAGUCUGUAACAUUUGCUUUUCAAUGGGUUAAGGGUUUCAACCGAUAGUUUCAGCGCGAAAUUCAUGAUCAUAAUUGGCACCAAGCAAUAACCUAUAAAUGGAUGCGAACCCACUGUGGCAUAGCUGCUGAUCCAAGGGUUAUACUGUAUUAGACAUGUUUUGUCAAAGGGUUAAAGCUCAGCUCACACCUGAAAGAAGCUCUUCUCUCUCUCUCUCUCUCUCUCUCUCUCUCUCUCUCUCUAGGUGGCCAGGAACGAACAAAUACAAAAAGGGAGUAGACAGAAGCCUCCCAGGCAACCAACUAGCAAUUAAACAAGAAGCCUGUCUUGCCCCUCGUUAUUACAAAGAGGAGUCGACUCAACUCAUUGAUAGUAGAUAUCACGCUAGGUAUCAACAAGUUUAACAGAUUCGUUUAUAUUAUUGGAAAGAUGCUUUACUGGCCUCUACGUGUUACAGAUGAUACAUUGAGAAGUUCCACACUAUUGUAUCAAAACCGUAUCUGGAAAUUCUUAUUGAUAACUACUUCGUU